AGCUGAGUGUAUUGCAGAGCUCAUAAGAACCCCCGGCCAGUGUAGCAGCAGCCAUCACCUCCGCUAGCAGACUGUGCCUUUGAGAAUUUUGGAUUGCAUUUUGCUCACUCGCUUUAAACAAAAAAACAAAAAAAAAACCACUGGAUCUUACAUGCCUCUCCUUUCCCCACUUCCACUCUAUGUCCCCAUGCUCCUGAGCCAGCAACAGAGUGUAUUCUCCGGAUGUCAGAUAAGUUACUAAGGUAACAGCUACAUGCCAGUAGACAAUUCUUGGUAGACUCAAGGCACCUGGAGACUUCCAUCUCUACCUAUUUUUUUUUUUUGUGUGUGUGUUCUUCUUUAGCAUUCAAAACUGUUUCUCCAAAGGAUCCUGCAGAAACUCAGACUGUUUUCUAAAGCAGAAUCCCUUCAGUCCACAGCAGAAGCAAUGGGCAGUGUACGAACCAACCGCUAUAGCAUUGUCUCUUCAGAAGAAGAUGGCAUGAAAUUGGCCACCAUGGCAGUUGCAAAUGGCUUUGGGAAUGGGAAGAGUAAAGUCCAUACUCGACAACAGUGCCGAAGCCGUUUUGUCAAGAAAGAUGGUCACUGCAAUGUUCAGUUCAUCAAUGUGGGUGAGAAAGGACAGAGAUAUCUGGCAGACAUCUUUACCACUUGUGUGGACAUACGUUGGCGGUGGAUGCUGGUCAUCUUCUGCCUGGCUUUUGUUCUCUCAUGGCUGUUCUUUGGCUGUGUGUUUUGGUUGAUAGCAUUACUUCAUGGAGAUUUGGAUGCACCUGAUAACAAUAAAGCAUGUGUAUCUCAGGUCAGCAGUUUUACUGCUGCCUUCCUUUUUUCCAUUGAAACUCAGACAACAAUAGGCUAUGGCUUCAGGUGUGUUACGGAUGAAUGUCCCAUUGCAGUUUUCAUGGUAGUAUUCCAGUCCAUUGUGGGCUGCAUCAUUGAUGCUUUUAUCAUUGGUGCAGUCAUGGCUAAGAUGGCAAAGCCAAAAAAGAGGAACGAGACUCUUGUCUUCAGCCACAAUGCCGUAGUCGCCAUGAGGGAUGGAAAACUUUGCUUAAUGUGGCGUGUGGGAAACCUCCGUAAAAGCCACUUGGUGGAAGCUCACGUGAGAGCACAGCUCCUCAAAUCCAGAAUUACAUCUGAAGGAGAAUAUAUCCCACUUGAUCAAAUAGACAUCAAUGUAGGAUUCGACAGUGGAAUCGACCGUAUAUUUCUAGUCUCUCCAAUUACAAUAGUCCAUGAAAUAGAUGAAGAUAGUCCUUUGUAUGAUUUGAAUAAACAGGACAUGGACAAUGCAGACUUUGAAAUUGUUGUAAUACUAGAAGGGAUGGUAGAAGCCACUGCUAUGACAACACAAUGUCGUAGCUCUUAUUUGGCAAAUGAAAUACUCUGGGGCCAUCGCUAUGAGCCUGUUCUCUUUGAGGAAAAACACUACUACAAAGUGGACUAUUCAAGAUUUCACAAAACAUAUGAAGUGCCCAACACACCUCUUUGUAGUGCUAGAGACUUAGCAGAAAAGAAAUACAUCCUCUCAAAUGCUAAUUCCUUUUGCUAUGAGAAUGAGGUUGCACUCACUAGCAAAGAGGAAGAAGACAGUGAGAAUGGUGUUCCUGAGAGCACAAGCACAGACACACCUCCUGACAUAGACCAUCACAAUCAGGCUGGAGUGCCCCUGGAGCCCAGACCACUAAGGCGAGAAUCAGAGAUAUGACUAACUGGCUUCUCUUUCAGGAUGUGACUUUAAAACACAGUCUGUUGUUGGUCAAAGGCACAUUAAGCUGAAACUUGGCCCAAACAGUUUACAGAUGACGGUACUGGUGAAGAGAUAUAUCAAGUCAAGCAGCCGCAGGGGAUGGAGGCUGGUAUAAGGGUUUCAAAGGGAAGACUGCAGAGCUGGAACAUUAAUAUAAAGCACUAACAUGUCUACGCAUGAUCAGAUGGCACAUAUAUGUUGUAGAAUAAAUUAUUAUUUUUUAGAUAAAACUUGAACUUGCAGGCAAGUAUUGGUAGGGUUUGCAACUUUUCCAGAAUACUUCUCUAGGGAACAAGAAUGUUUUUAAUGGCAUAACAAAGGCAAGAUUCUGCCUUAAUUUUUUUUUUUUUGAAAAAAAAAAAAGCUGCUGCUAACUACAUGAACAAAAAUUAUAUUUUGUUGUAGUGUAGUUUUUAUUUUGUAUAAUUUAAAAAUCAGUGUUGGAACUUUGGUGAAAGCUCAUGAUACUCUUCAAAGUGGCAAAUACUUGGCUAGCAGAUGCCAAACCAAGAGCCGGAACUUUUGAGGCCAGUAGUUUUUUCUCUAGAAUGGAUUUUUCUCUCCCUGGUUACAUAAGGGGCAUUAUGUAACGCAAGCCAAACGGUAGCUUCCAAGGAUCUCUUCUCCAUGAUUUUUAAUGAGUUAUCUCAAAUUGUAAGUUAAACUACCUAAAAAAGAAUACCAAAGAUAAUGCAUAAUUUUGCACAGUUGAGCUUACUUUCAAAAGGAAAAUUAAAGUCAACAACUACAAUAACAAAAACAAAAACAACAACAACAACAAAAAAAAAAAACAGGCUGCUUAGGAAAAACAAAACAGGAACUUCACAUCUUGAGCUUCAGUAGACUGGAACUGCCACAUCACUUUGCACCUUAUUCAGAAGACAGAGCAUAAGACAUAGAGCCUAGGAAAGUGCAACUUGUCCCCACUUCAUGGAACUCCGUUAUUUUUAGGGGAGAAGGAAAAAGGAAGUAAAAUUUCAAAAGAUACACAGAGGGGGGGAAAUUAUACAAACCAACAUCUGUUCUCUGCUUGCUAGGUAACAUCAAGCAAGGCUGCUUCAGAAGGUCAAGUGGGUUGUUUUGGUUUAGAUUGGGGUUAUUUUGCACAUUCCGAAACUGCUUCUAAGAGGUAGUGUCCUGGUCUAGCUGAGUCUGCAUUCUGAAAACUGAGCCAUCCAGCAGGAAAAAGAGGCCAUGACUGAACCCCCUUGCCUUUCAUUCCAGUUCCAGUUACACUCAAGCCAGGCUCAGACAAGGCACCAAGCUGCACCCUGGGGGUCACUUUCUUUUCCUAAGGGCAUCAGGGAAGGGCUGUACAUGUCCCACAGGACUGUAAAUGACAGGAAAGUAAAUCAGGGGAAGGUGUGGACGUGCCACUCUGAUGCAACACAGGAAGAAAGGGGGAAAGGUUGCUUUAUUUAUUAUUAUUAUUGUUGUUUUUAUUAUUUUUGGCCAAGAGAAGAGUGACAAAAUGUAAUCAUUUUCUAGGGUCAAAAGAAAAAAAACAUUUAAACAAUAAGCAAAAUAAGGAGUGAAGAGGAUAAUUCUGUUAAAGAGUUGUUUUCUCCUUCAUUUUUGCAUACUCAGUUGAGUGCACACUCAGUGUUGGUCAUUGUCUCCCAUGGAGCCCUAAAGCAUAUAUACAUAUAUAUUUUUAAAUGAUAUGCUGGUUUCUCUAAAGGCUAUUCUUCUGCCUUACUUGCUUUAAAACUUCCUGCCAUGGUAGCUCUAUAAAGAGACUUAGAUGUUGCUUAGAAGUCCCUCAUCUGAGUCCUUUGGUUACUGACUGUCCCCACUCCUCCCACCCUGUUCCCAUCUUAAUCUAAGUCUCCAAUUCAACUCUUAUGGUAUUAGAUCACUGUAUGCCAUUAAAAAAUAGCUUGUUCUAAUGUCAUAGGUUUUGUAAAUGGAAAUCUGUGAUGACUUCUGGUCACUGAACAUCCCUACCUGAAGGAAAUGCCUGCAGCAGUCUGUGGCAUCUGCUAUCUCCAUGGUUCUGAAACUGGGAAAACAAUUGUAUUGAAAGAGCAAAAUUAGAUAA